UUGAUAUCGAAGACAUAGAGAAUAGUCUAUUUUUGAUAACAAAAAUAAACAAUGACUUUUCUGAGUUUCUUAGUGGAUAUCAGUUACAUAUUAAAAGGUUCAAAGUCUACGUUGUUAACUUCAAAUUCAGUUUUAUUUGUGUCAGUACAUUAGAUGUAGGUGCAGUUUUCGAGCGUAACUCUUGUUCCAAGGAUCUCAGAAAAGCUACUCACGACUUUGCCAUUUAUUAUAAUCUAAUCUGUUUUUAUAUUCGAAUUAAAAGGAUAUGCCGAUUUUCGUUCCACGAUGAUUAAUGCAGCACUGAGUAGUUCCGUCUUUAAUAGUAUUGGAAACAAUAUCAAGAAAUACCAAGUGUCGUUUGUGAACGGAACAGUCGUAAUGAUAACAGUGGUGGGGGAAACCAUCUUUAAAUAUGUGGCCUUCAAAUGUCCCUGUAGUCAGCCAGAUGCUUUUUUGUAUGGCUCAAGCUUUAUCUGUGGUCCUGCUGUGAUUUUAUUUAUUAUCGGAAUGCUGAUUAACAACACCACGUGGCGGCUACUUUACGGCUGUGCAAAGCGUUCCCACCACACAAAUCAUGGACCUAAACGCAGUGCUUACUACUGCACUGAAAUUAUUGUAAGAUCUUUGGUUGCUCCGGGAACGUGGUUAUUUGUGUCUUUCUUAGAAGGAAGUUACUACACAUGUUUAAAGUCACAUUCCCCAUGUUCUUCUGGAAGCGAAGAUAAUCUGUUGCUGCGCGCCCACUCCCAGGUUAUAGCAUGGAUUUAUUUAGCUACUGUGGUGACUUUCUCUUUUCUUGGUUUAAUGGUUAACCGUUGUUUAUCUAAGUACACGUACGACCAGAGUCGGUAUAUUGAUAUGUACAGAGAGACUGAAGAAGACAUAUUUGAUAAUGUAAUGAAGGAGAAAACUGUAAACAAAGCGAAGAAAAACGUUAGCUUGUUUUUCGAGAAGAAAGACCGUAUUAAGAAAGACUGGGACGAAAUAUCUAUUGCACCGUUAGCUGACCUUCCCUUUGGAAUAGAACAGGUAGAUGGAAAGGUAACCCUUGAGUUACUGAAGCACUAUGACGAGUGCAAAGAACCCUACAUGUCGCCCCUUCACCAAUGGGCUAAAAGACAGCGCCAGAGUUGUACUUCAAAAGGAAACAAGACAAGUGACGAUGAAGACCAACCGUUACUUUCUCAAAUAAAUCAACAAAAAGGUAAAGUUUGUGACGAAGCUCAGAUCUUGGUAAAGGAAAAAUCAGAAGUAGAGUCUAAGUUUUAAUAAAUCAAAGAAAAUAUUAAUAAUCUUUUUUUUUUCGUCAAACCAUUAUAUUUUUGUUUUCACCAAUAUAUUUGUUUUUCUAUUUUAAUUUAGUCUAUACUGUCACUAUGGCAGGACAUAGUUAUUGUAGUCGUCUUCACAUUUAUUUAAGUGAAAGGUCUUUUUAAUUAAAAUUAACAACUGAUUCCCAACUAUCCUGUUUUUAACAUCAGCAAUAAUACGAGGAAAGAAACAUAAAUACUAUAAACCAUUAAUUUAUUUUUAUCUUCUCUUUACAACUAUUUUUCCAAUUUCUAUUAAAAACGUAGAAAAUAUAAAAAAACACAGAAACUUUAAAUAUGCUUCUAUAUUCUCUUUUUUCCAGUAAAGCAAGUAUUUUUUCUUAAACAUUCAACAGACAAAACAUCUGUUUAUAUAACAAUAUUGAUAUUACUUCUGCAGUCGUAGCGGUACAUUCUUUAUGACGUAGAAUUAAAAUUAUCAUAUUUUACAACUUUCUAAUAUUUUGAAAUAAAUGUAGUUUUUCAUCCACGAAAACUCAGUGUAUCAUUUAUUAAUGAAAAGUGAUAUUCUUGUUCACCUUAUAUUUUUCUUUCGCCUUGAAUUUUUACUGUUUUGUACUGAUGAGAGGUUAUGCCAUUGAAACGACCUGAACAUUUUUUCACAUGUAAUUAAUGCUUGUUUUUAUUCACAAACACGUAGAUUUCUUGAGCGUUCCCGUUCUCAGAACGGUACAUUAUGUUUUGUUUGUUUAAAGAAAAUAGCAGUAUAAAAACCUUUUAUGUCUCUGCCAAAUAAGUUCUAGUUCCUGUGU